AUGCGUAGCUUUCACCUUAUUAAACGGAGUUUUAAUGUAAUAUUUCACUCUCGAUUAUUUGCCACUGUUUGCUCUUCCCCCGACUGCUCCUGGACCCGCCGCGGGGUUUCGGAGCGGCGCGGAGCUCAGGCCUCGCUCUCUCUAGCCGGAUGUCUGAGCCGGAGCUGCUCGCCACCCGGCCUCGCCCGCGGGCUACAAAACCGUUCCUCUGGCGAUAAGGAGUUUGGACUUGAUGUCACUGGGCUCUGGCAGUCAUCAGUUAUAGGAACAAAACCUGGAGUGGCUGAGGAACAAGGGUCUGGAGCUAGGAAAGGAAACAUUACGGAGUCGAGGAACAAAUUAAUUAAGAUGUCCACGGUUCGGAAGCACUUCGGACUGAAAGGAACAGAAGAAACAUACAUCUUUAAAGAGCUUGAGAAGGUUCGCCAGGAAAAUAAAAAGGAUUUUCUUCAAUUCAAGCAGAAGUUGCUCUCCAGGCCCACUGUGGAUGAAAGCCCCAUCUUUGGCCUCGAGUCCCCAGGCCUGGCCAGGCAAGAGGAGGUGGAGAGCGUUUCUCCUGCAGGGCUCCUGAAGCCAUCAGGGUUGCCUGCGGCUAAAGGCCUGGAGACAUCUUCCGAUGCCCUCUUUCACUGGGGUCGGGAAGGCACAGCUCACCUCCCGGGGUCCAGCGAGGCGGCCACUUAUGGGAAGAGCCAACCCUUUUGCCCCCAGGACUUCUACUUACGGAGCUCCGCGUUCCUGCGGCAUCGGCCCCAGAAGAAGCCACCGGUCAUCGCCUCCCACGCCGGUACCGCCAAAUCUGUGGUCCUGAUGCCGCCCCCUCCACCCCGAGGGAGGCCCAGGGCCCGCUGGGGCCCUAAGCUUCCGCGCCCCGUGGCCAUCAACCCCGUCGUCCACCGUGGCUCGAACCAGGAGCAUGAGGCUGCGGCCGCAGAGCCCAGAAAGGCCAAAGGGAAGAGCAGCUCCGUCUCCAGUGAGGAGAGAGAAGGCAGGGUGGACACGCGGCGGAGGAGCAGGGGGAAGAGUCGCAUGGCUUUGGAGCACCAGGCCGCGACUGCCAGCGAGACCCGGGAAGGGGCCGGGUCAGUUUUCAAAAUAGGCAGGAGGAGCGUUGCUCCCCGCGACUCGCUGGAAGCUGGCGCGGGCAGGGCCACCCCGCGGCUCACGCUGCCGCCACUGGGUCUAGGGAUCACCAUGUCCUUGGAGGAGAUCACCUCUCUGCUGCAGUCUGAGGCUCAGCUGGCCUCCGACCAGACGGUGAAGGAGCUCAUACAGCGCGUACUGGGUCAGAACUACGACAUGAAAAUGGAAGAUAUUACUUUAAUGGGAAAAAUUUGCUCUCAGAAAACACCUCAAGAACUAACAGAGCAGGGAAUACAGACAUGUGUUGAGGAAGCGCAAAUGGAAGAGCUGGAGGAACUUCCUGAAGUUGUGUCAAGUCUUUCACAGAUUGAACAAGAGGAUAUAUCAGAAUGGGGAAUCUCAGAUGCAGAAAGCACAGUGGGUAAACCUCCGGAAACUUCGGAAGUGAAGCCAGCUGAGCAAUCAAACGUACCUUUGGAAAACAAAGUACCUGAAGAAGAUUCAAAAGCAGCUAAACAGAAAUCUUUAAAGUUGCCCACAUUCUAG